AUGUUUAUACACAUGUUCUCUCUUUCUCGUAGUAAAUACAAUAACAAAAUAGAAGCUCGAUUUGCCAUUUAAUAAUCGAAUUCACGCAAUUUCUUAAGAAAUGCCGCCAAAACGAGGAAAGGUACAAAAGGAAGAGGUUCAAGUUUCUCUUGGACCGCAACUCCGCGAAGGAGAGGUAGUUUUUGGAGUAGCUCACAUUUUCGCGAGUUUCAAUGAUACGUUUGUCCACGUUACCGAUUUAUCAGGCAGGGAAACAAUCGCCAGAGUUACCGGUGGCAUGAAGGUGAAGGCGGAUCGUGACGAAGCCUCGCCGUAUGCAGCUAUGCUCGCGGCUCAGGAUGUUGCGGAAAAAUGUAAAUCGCUAGGCAUCACAGCGCUGCACAUCAAACUGAGAGCUACUGGAGGUAAUAAGACAAAGACUCCUGGUCCUGGUGCACAAUCUGCUCUGCGCGCUUUGGCUCGCUCGAGUAUGAAAAUUGGUCGUAUCGAGGAUGUUACUCCUAUUCCAUCAGAUUCGACUCGUAGAAAGGGAGGUCGUCGUGGACGUAGGUUAUAAAUUAUGAUUAUGGUUUUCCACGCUUUAUCUUUCAAUAAAUAAUUUAAA